UUCUUCCCCGCCCUGUACGGCACCGACCCGGUCUCGCGCCGGCAGCUGGUCUCCUUCCUGACCGACGGCACUGUUCUCCUGACCAUCUGGAUGUUCGAGUCCAUCCGCCGCGCAAAUAUCCUCACUCCGAUGGUCUUGUCAGAAAUUCCCCCUUCUCCUUUCCCUCGUUUCCGUCCUUCCUCUCCAACGUAUCUACCGUGCCCAACCUCACUUAUUAUCAUUAUUAUUAACCACAGACCCAACCUCUUCACCGCCCUCGGCCAACUCCUCGGCAUCGGCGUCACCGCUGCCCUCGUUUGUCGGCUUCACGCGCGAGUUUCUGAAGUGGGACGAGGCGUUUGGCUUCUCGGCGCACCUCGUGUUGCCGGGCUAUCUGUUCUGGGAUCUGUCGGCAGCGAUCGGGCUGGGUUGGUUAGUGUGCUGGCGGUUGGGCCCGGCGCGACGUUGGGUCUGGGUUGGCUCUGGAGAGAGCAUAUCCUGGCGUCGAGGAGGCACAAGGAUGCUUUGACCUGCACGACCCGGGGGUCAGGCCUUGGAGCGUCUGGUCGGUCGGUUUGGGGGAUGUUCUCGAAUACCGUACCUACAUAGCACCGCGUACGUACUACGCAUCCGUGCAGUGGCCACCUCUGUCUUCUCCUUCCUUAGUCCUUCCAGGUUGUU